AUGAAAACCAAAAGCAAUAAGCCUAUAAGCCAUCUAAAAACUGGACAUAGAAAAUCAAAUUCCAUUCUCGUCAACAUACGUUCAAAUCCUCAUUAUAUUGGCAAACGUCCAAAUAAACGUAAAAUUAUAAAAUUUUAUAAAGAUCUUUUAACAUUUUGUGAAGACGAGGAUGCAACGAUUGAAAAGCCUGAAACUUCCAAGACGUUUCAAGCAAAAAAGACACUUAAUGUUAGCCAUGUUAAGAAAAUUACUAAAAAACAAACAACUGUCAAUAAAAGACAAGUAAAAAAUUUUGAUGCGUUAAUUUCGAAACGUAAAAAUCAAACUCGCAAUAAGUCAAACGCUAAGAUAUCUACUAAAAACAAAUCAAAUUCAAUUAAUGUGGAAAUACCAUCCGAAGCAGACAAACGUAUGAAUCCGAUUGUAUUGAUCGAAAGAAUUCCACAAGACGUUAUAGACUAUUAUAUGUCCAGUAAAAAAACCAAUGCAGACGAAAUAGUAAAUCAUUUUGGCGAACAAGAAAAUGUAAGAAUUAACAAUUCUUAUCCGAUUGUAUUGAUCGAAAGAAUUCCACAAGACAUUAUAGACUAUUAUAUGUCUAGUAAAAAAACUCAUGCAGACGAAAUAGUAAAUAAUUCUGGUGAACAAGAAAAUGUAAGAAUUAACAAUUCUGAAACCCACAAGACGUAUCGAAAAAAGAAUAGAACUCCUGUCAUCAACAUCAACAUACGUACAAAUCCUCAUUAUGUUGGCAAACGUCCAAAUAAACGUAAAAUUAUAAAAUUUUAUAAAGAUCUUUUAACAUUUGAUGAAGACGAGGAUUCGAGGAUUCAAAAGCCUGAAACUUUUAAGACUUAUCAAUCAAAGAAGAGNAUUGUAUUUGUUUCAAUGGUUGUUUCUUCAGUCUAUGGAAUUGUAUUUGUAGUGUCAUAG